AUGAUGUUCUUACCUAUUCUUCUUAUCGGCAUCAUCAUAUUUUUGAUCAGCUAUGUAAUUUAUCAUCGUUACAGUUAUUUUUUUCGCCGUUCAAUCCCAUCUCCAGCUAUAACUUCGAUAAUAUUUGGUCAUUUAUCUGAACUGUGGUCAGUACAAUCUUAUUCUGAACAACUUCGUCAAUGGACUCUUCAGUAUGGUUCUAUCUAUGGUACUUUUGAAGGAACUCGUCCUCUCUAUGUUGUCUCUGAUAUGAAAUUUAUUGAAGAAGUUUAUGUCAAACAAUUUGCUCGUUUUUAUGCAAGACGAACAGCAUUUUCCAGUCGGAUAUUAGGCAAUACACGUUCGAAUGUAUUUACAGCGAAUCUUCCACAAUUAUGGAAACGACAACGAAUGAUACUUAAUCCAACAUUUAGUGGAGCAAAAAUGAGACGAUUAUUACCAACAGUUGAUAUAUGUAUUAAUACAUUUCUCGAAAGAUUAUCGAUGAUCACAGAUGGAACAAUUAUCAAUAUUUAUGAAAUAUAUAAACGAUUAACAAUGGAUGUUAUAUGUCAAUGUGCAUUUAGUAUUGAUACAAAAGUUCAAAAUGAUAUGAAUAAUAAUAAUAUUUAUAUGAAAAAGAUUGAAGAAUUAUUUGCCAAAGAUUUUGAACGUACUAAUCUGGGAAAAAUACAUCGUAUUAUUUCUAAUACAAGAUUAGCUCGGAUAUGUUCACUUCUAUAUCAAUUGAAACAGUUUUUUCAUUGUCAAACUUCUUCACUUCCAGCAAAUUUUUGGUUAAUUGAAAAUAUGCAAAAAUUUAUUCAACAAAGAGUAAUUGAAUUAGAUCAUAAGAAAAGAGUAGAUGAUUUUAUUCAAUUAAUGAUUGAUGCUGUUCAUUCCGAAAAAGGACAAUUAUCAUCCUCUGAACUGUUCAGUAAUGCAUUCGUUUUAUUAAUAGCUGGUUUUGAAACAACAUCAACCGCACUUGGUUAUUGUACAUAUCGUCUUGCCAUUCAUCAAGAUAUUCAAGCAAAAUUAUAUGAAGAAAUUCUUGAACAUUGGUCCUCGGAGACUAAUUCUUAUGAUGUUAUUAUGACGAAAUUAACUUAUUUGGAUUAUUUUGUCAAGGAAGUUUUACGUAUGUAUCCUAUUGCUAUUCAAGCGAUUAAUCGUCAAUGUAUGGAAGAUACUGAUGUCGUUGGAUAUCAGAUAGAAAAAGGUUCAUUAAUUCAAGUCGAUGUAUUCUCAGUACAUUUUAAUCAGGAACUAUGGGGUCCCGAAGCAGUUGAAGAAUUUCAUCCAGAACGUCAUUCACAAAAACGAAAUCCAUUAGCUUUUUUGACAUUCGGCGCUGGACCACGUACAUGUCUUGGUAUGCGAUUUGCCCUUAUGGAAAUAAAAUUAUGUUUAGUUAGACUAAUUAAUGAAUAUCAGCUUUUACCAGCAUCAGAUGAAAAAUAUAAGAUGAAUAUACGUGAACAUAUUGUUAUUCAACCGGAAAAGGUCUUUGUUAGACUUGAAAAACGAUCCGCGUGA